CGUGACAAACCAUACACUAUCAACAUGCCAGUCACCGAGUUCUCCUUCAAAGAUCCUUACACCUAUCAGAAUGGGUUCGAUUCUUACCAUGAAUCUGAAGCCAUCGAAGGCGCCCUCCCCGUAGGGCACAACUCUCCCCAGAAAGCUCCUUACGGCUUAUAUGCCGAAAAGCUCUCUGGGACCGCUUUCACUGCUCCCCGGCACGAGAACAAACAGACUUGGGUCUACCGUAUCCUUCCCGCCGCAGCGCACGAGAACUUCGUUGAAGAGGAUGCGAGCUCUUACCACACGCUCUCAGAUGCCAAAAAGCUUCAGCAUAUCCCCAACCAGCUACGGUGGGAUCCAUUCGAUCUGGACGAGACCGUCGACUGGGUUCAUGGGUUGCACCUUGUGGCUGGUUCUGGAGACCCUACCGUAAAACAAGGCCUGGGCAUCUUGCUGUAUGCGGCGGGGAAAGAUAUGGGAAAGGAAGCUUUCUACUCCGCGGAUGGCGACUUCCUGAUCGUAGCACAGCAUGGCGUGCUCGAUAUUCAGACUGAGCUUGGCCGCUUGCUGGUUCGGCCGAACGAGAUUUGCGUGAUUCCUCGUGGUGUAAGAUACCGUGUUACCCUACCCGACGGUCCUGUGAGAGGCUACAUUUGCGAGCUCUACCAGGGCCACUAUCAGCUACCCGAAUUAGGACCUAUUGGAUCCAACGGUCUUGCGAAUGCACGAGACUUUCAAGCACCAGUGGCUGCCUUUGACGACGAGGAAGGACCGACGGAAUACCGACUGUACAGCAAGUUCAACAACCACCUCUUCUCCGCGCGCCAGGAUCACACCCCUUUUGACAUUGUCGCAUGGCAUGGCAACUACUACCCCUACAAAUAUGACCUUGGCCGCUUCAACACCAUGGGCUCCGUAUCAUUCGACCACCCUGACCCCUCCAUCUACACGGUGCUCACCGGCCCGUCCGAUCAUGUGGGCACUGCUAUUGCUGACUUUGUUAUUUUUCCGCCGCGCUGGUUGGUUGCGGAGAAAACUUUCCGGCCUCCCUGGUAUCACCGCAAUACUAUGUCAGAAUUCAUGGGUUUGAUCACCGGAAACUAUGAUGCGAAGACUGGUGGCGGCUUCCAACCUGCUGGCGCGAGUCUGCACAACAUCAUGAGUGCACAUGGGCCGGACAUGCAUGCAUUCGAGGGAGCAAGCAACGCGGACCUGAAACCUACGAAGAUUGGGGAUGGCAGCAUGGCUUUCAUGUUUGAAAGCUCCCUCAUGGUUGGCGUGUCGGAGUGGGGUCUUAAGACAUGCCAGAAGGUGCAGGAGGAGUAUAACGAACAUAGCUGGCAGCCCUUGAAGAGGCACUUCAAGGAUCCAAGGAAGGCCCAGUGAUUCUGAGUAACUUUUAUCUUGGAGAAAAACUGUGAUAUACCAGCAUGAAUUACUGAAGCGCUUUGUAAUAGGUUUAAAACAUUAUUUUUGACAAGUUCAAAGCCAAACAUAUCCUGGAAGUAGCCACAUUAGGUU